ACAUCACUGCAGAGAACAAAAUGGCGGCCGAAUCAAAAGUCUCGUUCCGUUUGAUUGUCACUGGACGAUGGUGACCGGCGGUGGCGACGACGACGGCGAUAUCCGCGUUGCAAAAGAUGCUGUCCCGAUGAUGCGAGUGUCCACCAAGUGCAACCAGUAUAAUGUGCGUGAAAUAACGAAUCGCUCUAAUUGACGGCGGCAGCCAAGAAGGAGAAUAAAUUGCGCCUGUAAAAUACCGGAGCGGCCAUAGUCGAGUCUGAAUUUACUCCUACGAGUUUGAAUUCCGUAACGGUCGCGCGUAUUCCAGUUAAAUGUCACAUCUCCUACUUUGCGUUAUAAGCCCCAUAUGUAGGAGUCAAAAACGAGAGUGUACUUCAAAUUAGUUAUACCAUCCAUCUGAUCUUAAUUGGUAUUCACUAUUGCAUAAUUUUACGUGCAAUUGAAUCACGAUGGAGGAUGUAAAUGAGAUUUUGGUAUGCGCAACUGAAUUUAUAAAAGAUCGAUUGUACUUUGUCACACUAAGAACAACAAUGAAACCAAAAAGUACUCCAAAUACACAUUAUUUCAGCAUUGACAAUGAAUUGGUGUAUGAAAAUUUUUAUGCCGAUUUUGGACCCCUUAAUCUGGCCAUGCUAUAUAGAUACUGUCAAAAGGUCAAUAAAAAAUUAAAGGGGAUUGCACUCAGUAAAAAGAAACUUGUGCAUUAUACGACAAUGGAUUCGGAAAAAAGAGUGAAUGCUGCAUUUCUCAUGGGAAGUUACGCGAUAUUGUACUGUAAGCGUACAGCACAAGAAGUUUAUGAAUGUUUGACUAAAAGUCCAAAUAAUCCUUCAUUUAUUAUGUUUCGUGAUGCCUCCAUUGGACCACCAUGUUAUCAGAUAUCAUUAAGGGAUUGUCUAAGUGCUAUAUACAAGUGCCAUCAACUUGGUUUUUUUAAUUUCGAAGAUUUCUGUGUUAAAGAAUACGAACACUUUGAAAGAGUUGAGAACGGAGAUUUAAAUUGGAUAGUUCCGGGAAAGUUUGUUGCUUUCUGUGGCCCACAUGCAAGAUCUAAGAUGGAAGAUGGUUAUCCAUUACAUGGUCCAGAAUCAUAUUUUACUUAUUUUCGCCGUAAUAAUGUAACAACAAUUAUACGGCUUAAUAAAAAGGUUUAUGACGCGUCGAGCUUCACUGACGCUGGCUUUAUACAUAAAGAUUUAUUUUUUAUGGAUGGCUCGACUCCAACAGAUUCUAUAAUGCACCAGUUUCUUAAAAUAGCAGAAAACACAAAUGGCGCAGUUGCAGUUCAUUGUAAAGCAGGCCUUGGAAGGACAGGUUCUCUUAUAGGUUGCUACAUUAUGAAACAUUAUCAUCUAACCGCUCAUGAAACAAUUGCUUGGAUAAGAAUAUGUAGGCCGGGUUCUGUAAUUGGUCACCAGCAACAAUGGCUAGAGAAAAAGGAGAUAUAUCUUCGAUCGUUAUUGAAAGAACCACUGCAACUCGAAAACAGAAAUUUAGUCCAUGAGUAUGGAAUAUACUCGAUAGCUGGUAGACCCAGUGCAGCUUCUUUCCAGGAGAAUACAAAGAGUCUAAUGGAAGAUAAUGUAUCAGGAAUAAUGCAUCGUGUGGAUGAAAUAAAACUAGAUGAUCCUGGACCAGUAGCUGGAGCUAGCACGACUAAUAGAUACAGUACGCUAACUCAGGGUGAUAAAUUAUGUAGAAUCAAAGCCAGAAGAAGAGGCAUAUCGACGUCUCAAACUUCUCUUAAUACAAAUACGGGGACAUCCACUGUUGGGCAUCCAUAUUUGGGAUCUUUGUUACAAACGAGGAGUCAGAAAGGAGCCAUUACUACUUUAGUGGCAAAUAAAGAAAGAGAUCCCACUAAAAGACUUUUAUCACGAUCCACUGCAACGACAGUGAAGAGAAACAAUUGGUUGGUCAACAGUAGCUGUGAUCCAUCUUCCUGCCGUAUUAGGUCUAAACCAGCAACACAGAGCCAUAACAUCAACAACAAUACAACUACUAUCAAUCCUGUUACAUCUUUAACUGUAUCAAAGGCAGUGAGAAGAACGAAACGUACUUCCUGUAUGGCUGCGCAGGCUCAUACUACAAACUCGUCUGCCAAUCAUACGAUACCACAGCCGCAACAACGCAUGAAUAUGAUUCUCAGGUCGGCAGACCGAGUUACUCGUUAUUCACUCAGACAUGUUUAAGGGAGAAAACAAGGAGCACUAGAAGUGGCUAACAAACCGAUCCUAUUUAUUUCUGUGACUUGCAGUGCACGCACAACAAAAAGUUAUAAAAGUGCAUUUAUCAGAUGACUAACCGAUAUUCCCAGUGGCGUUGGGGAGGAUUGUCAGGUAACUGGAGCAUCUCACCAGCGCCGAAGAUCUCAUCGCUUAAACCCCAUCAUUUAAUAAAAAGUACUUCACACUGACCUUCAAUCCGUCUUCAAAUCAAGUGAGUUUUGCCCAGGCUUUUAUAUCACAAAUUAAUGAAGAUCAAACUCUCUAUCUCUACAAUCAUCAACACUGCAUUUAUUAAUAUGGUUUUAUUAUAUUUGCAUCACAUGGAAUAUGAAUUUGUUGCAGUGUUAUUUAACUCAUAAAGUUCACACAGCUUUUAUAAUUGUUCUUUUACAUAUCAAAAUAUUGCGAUCUAUUGAAUGUCUACAAGAAAAAAGAAUCAAGUUUUUUGUGUAUAUUAUUUAUACAUUUAAUCUCUUUUUCUCUGGUUAAAAUAAGCAUUUGUAAAUACGUAUUUUUAAAAUUAUUUUGUCUAUACAUAAUUUGUUUUUAAUCAUUUUCGGUUUAGCUAAAAUGUUUAUUUAAUACGCA